AUGCUUUCCACAAACUCUCUUGUGCAAAAUUUUGGGGGUCCUCUAUCGGUGUUUUCAAAUCAGAACCAAGUAACAGAGGGGAUUGAGUUUGAUGAUUCAUCUUCUCCUUCUUCUGGAACAAGCUCAAAUGGAGAAACAACCAAGUACUCCAACGCCAUCCUCAGAUACAUAAGCGACAUCCUCAUGGAUGAGGAAGACGACUUGGAGAACAAACCCUGCAUGUUACAGGAAUGUUUGAGACUCCAGGCGGCUGAAAAAUCCUUCCUUGAUGUCCUUGUUCGUCACAGCUACCCUUCUUCUUUCGGUGACGAAAGCCUCGACAUCAUAGACACUGAUGAAAGUUACGGUCGCACUGCUAGUUUUGAGAGCAAUGGCAGCUGCACCACUGAUAAUUCAUGUGAGUCUGACUUGGUCAACGGUGUGGGUGAAUUUGACUCUUCUUUCCUACGGCUGCAAACCCAUCCAGCUGAUUCCCCUGAUGUAGUUCUUGACCCAUUUGGGUCGUCACAAGCUGCUGGCUAUUUUCAUGAUGCACUUGAUCCAUUUAGGGUUCGUGAUGGAACUUGGAAUAUCUUCCAAACUCAUACAAAGCCGCCGAUGGUGGAAGAGAGUUCUUCGUCGCCAGCAUCCAGAGAAAAAAGAAGCCAUCAGAUGGAUGAUGAUGCUUCUCAUGAACAAGAUGGAAGAAGAGGCAACAAGGUCUCAGCUGUUUUUUCUAACGAGUCAGAGUCCCCAGAGAUCUUAGACGAGGUGCUGCUUUGUCAAACUGGAAGAAGUAGAUCUUCUGCUGAACCAUCACAGGGUGUUGAUUUAGGAGGGUCCAACGGAAAGGCAACACGCUCACGUUCAAAGAAAGGGUCCACCAAGGCGGGUACAGCUGUAGAUUUAUGGACCCUUCUAACUCAAUGUGCACAGGCAGUGGCAAGCUUUGACCAAAGGAAUGCAAAUGACUUACUCAGCCAGAUUAGACAACACUCUUCACCUUAUGGGGAUGGACUCCAACGUUUGGCUCAUUACUUUGCCAAUGGCCUUGAGAUACGGUUGGCUGCUGGAACCCCAUCAUACGUGCCACUAGAAGUGGCAACUGCUGCUGAUAUGUUGAAAGCUUACAAACUAUUUGUUACAUCCUCUCCCUUGCAAAGGAUGUCAAAUUAUUUGACAACCAAGACAGUCAUUAGUCUUGUGAAAAAUGAGAGCAGCGUUCAUAUUAUUGACUUUGGUAUUUCCUAUGGUUUUCAGUGGCCCUGCCUUAUCAAAGUACUGUCAGAAAGGCAUGGUGGUCCUCCAAGGCUUCGUAUAACAGGAAUUGAUCUCCCUCGGCCAGGAUUUCGGCCUGCGGAAAGGGUUGAGGAGACAGGGCGACGUUUAGAAAACUACUGCAAGAAGUUCAAUGUCCCUUUUGAAUACAAUUGCCUUGCACAGAAAUGGGAAACUAUAAAACUUGCAGAUCUCAAGAUAGACAGGAAUGAAGUAACUGUUGUUAGUUGUUUCUACCGGCUGAAGAACCUGCCUGAUGAAACUGUGGCAGUGGACUGUCCAAGAGAAGCUGUGUUGAAGUUGAUUAGGAAGAUCAAUCCAAACAUCUUCUUCCAUGGGGUGGUCAAUGGGACUUAUAGUGCGCCUUUUUUCCUGACACGGUUCAGGGAAGCGCUAUACCACUUCUCAUCACUGUUUGAUAUGUUCGAGGCUAAUGUGCCUCGUGAAGACUCGCAAAGGGUGAUGUUUGAGAAAGGGAUGCUUGGAAGGGAUGCCAUCAAUGUUAUUGCGUGUGAGGGGGCUGAGAGGGUUGAGAGACCAGAGACCUACAAGCAGUGGCAGGUUAGGAACCUGAGAGCUGGGUUCAAGCAAGUCCAUUUGGAUCCUCAGUUGGUGAAUGAUGCGAAACAAAUGGUGAAGAGGGAGUAUCACAAAGAUUUUGUAGUGGCUGAGGAUGGCAAGUGGGUUUUGCAGGGUUGGAAAGGGCGAAUUCUGAAUGCCAUUUCUGCUUGGACUCCUGCUUAA